UCGAUAAGGUCAACAGUGGGUAGAGGAGAGAGAAAAUGACUCGAUGACCCAAGCACAUUUCAGAUUCAACUCAUCUUAUCACCUUCUCGAUCAGCACCUCCAUUUCCACCUAUAAAUUCACCCACGACCGAGCUUCAUUCUAUACUAUCUUCAACCUAUUGAACCAAACAAGAACGAUCUGCCGACGAGAAGAUGUCCAAAUUCACCACCCUCUUCAUGCUCACCCUCCUCCUCUCCUCCAUGCUAACCUACACAACCGCUCGUCCAGGCCCUAACUUGGUUAAAACCCAGAAUGAGGACGCCGAGAUAGAGAAAAACGGGGUUUAUCACGAAGAAAACUGUGAUGGAGUGGACAAGGAAGAGUGCCUGAUCAGGAGGACACUGGCAGCUCAUAUUGAUUACAUAUACACCCAAAAGCAAGGCCCUCACAAGCCAUGAAUCCUAUUGUUACUCUCUUAGUAACUACUGAUGAUACUGACUAGCUUGAUCGAGUUCCAAAAUAUCUAGUCAAAAGUUAGUA